AUGGCAGAUUCUUGCAUUGAUUCUAGCUCGAAGGAGCACACUCUCGAGAUCCGAGGUCGCCUACGAGAAAAAGUGAUGCAUCUUGUCAAACCAUUCCGCUUUACUACAAACCGGCCACCUUUCGCCCUCCGCGAUCUCAUUGUAUUUGCACUGGUAGCUCGCGAAGAGGAGAACGCCAACAUGCGCACCAUAAUCCAAUGGAUAUUCGACAACUUUGAUUUCGAUGCGAACACCGAGAACCACUCUGUCUAUAACAGUUGCUACGAAAAUCAUGGGGAACCGGAAAAGAUGAUUGAAGGCUUUAUUGGCGCUUUGAUGAACGUUGAUACACCUAUCAGCGUCACGAGCCUUAAGAACGAAACCGGCCAGGAAAAAGACAGAUAUGCCGUAAGCACUGACGCAGCACGAUUCCACCUAAACGAAUGUACGCAGCCGAUUAGGAAAGGCAAAAUACCUUUCCCAGAUCUACCACCUGAGCUUCGAAACAGAAUCUACAAGCUCCUCUUUGUGUACAGCACUCCUCUAUCUCUACAGCUUGAUAUAAUGCUGUCUGGGUAA